AUGUUUGCAUGGACACGGACGGUGGUGCGCAAUUCCCUGAGCGUUAGCAAAGCACAAUGCCGGUUUUACGCUAGCGGCAAGUCCAAGAAGCGCGGCCCACACCCGUCAGUCAAAUACCCGCUGACCAGCAACAUGAUGAUGCGCAAUAGCAUGGACUUUCUCUAUGGCAUGCAGCCGGUCUACGGCCUGUACGUGCAGCACCAGCGCGAGGGCGAUGCACCGGCGCCAGAGCGCAUGCGGGCGCUGGAGCUGGCAGCGCAGCAGGACAUUCCAGUCAAGCAUGUGCCCCGGGAUCUCCUCGACCGCAUGCCGACCAUCCUGGCGGCCGACGAGUGCAAGCAGCUGGGGCCGCUCGCUGACUCGCAGUACUGGGUGGAGAUCCAGACCACGCGCACGCAGCUGACGCCGCAGCGGCCAUUCCCGCUGUGGGUGCUGGUGGACCGGGUGCAGGACCCGCGUAACCUGGGGUCGAUUGUGCGCUCGGCUAUGUUCUUUGGCGCCGACGGCCUGGUUGCGUCGCGCAAGGACUCGUGUGUUCCGAAUGCGGUGGUGGCCAAGGCCAGUGCCGGCGCCCUGGAGGCCACGCGCUUCUUGCGCUGCCGCAAUGUCGACAGGUUCGUCGAGAAGUCGCGCGAGAACGGCUGGCUGGUGGUCAGCGCCGCCGCGGGCGCCUCGGGAGACCCCCGGAUGGCCACCGUCGGCGGGAUGGGCGAGAUCGACCGCCCCGUGCUGCUGGUGCUGGGCAAUGAGGGCGGCGGCGUGCGCUCCUCGGUGCUGGACAUGAGCCAUGUGCUGCUCAGCAUCCCUAUGCGGUCGGAGCUGCCCAGAUACUUUGACUCGCUGAACGUCGGCGUCGCUGCCGGCGUGAUCCUGUCGUCCCUGCGGUUCAAGGGCGAGGAGUCGUAG